UUGAGCGGCCAAGAUGAAAACAGCGACCCGGAAGUGGAAGAAUACAUCGAACGAAUCGUACGUGAGGAAAAUCCAGAUCUCUCACAACUCUCUGAUGAACAAUUGAAUGAACUAAUUCGUCGUCUGUUCAUUCUGAAGAACAACCUUUCUGACGGAGAUGGUGCCGAUGCUGAUCAAGGAGCUGGUGGAACCCAACGUUGGGCUCGUGUCGCCGGUAAAUCCAUGGCAAUGGAAGUCUGUCUGACAGGUAACCGAGUUAGCGCUCAAGAGGCGAAGGAAUGUGGAAUCGUUUCAAAGGCUAGUUCUGGUCGUUCAGUAUACCCAGCUGAGCAAGUAGUAGAUGAAGCGGUGAAGCUUGGCGAGAAGAUUGCGGAACAAUCACCUCUCAUUGUACAAAUGGCGAAGGAAGCUGUCAACGCCGCCUACGAAACAACCCUGAGAGAAGGCCUCAGAAUCGAACGGCGACUAUUCCACACCACUUUCGCAACUAAAGACCGUAAGGAAGGUAUGAGUGCAUUCGCCGAAAAGCGAACACCAAAAUGGACCUCAUCUUGA